AUGAGACUGAGACACCUCUUCAGCUCUUGUAUUUUUGCGCCUCUACCUUUUGUCCUUUAUCUACGUCUUUAUCCACUCUAUCACCAUCAUCAUAAAGGUACCCACAUCGCUCCAUCUCUCUCGCUCUCAACCCCUAAUCCCCACUGGAAGGAAAAUUUGUGUCAUCUCUUAUCUCUAUCACCGCCUGCUGCUCUGUGCUUCGUGUCUCUGAGGCUCAGGAGGGAAGAGGCGACAGAGCCUAUGCUCCUUCAUGUAGAUUUUCUCGAUAUAAAGUUGAAGACAGUAUUUGCAGACAGAGAACUCGAAAAGGCAAUGGCCCCACCAUGCAUAGAGCUCGCAAAGCUUUUCUCAGUAGCUGUAGAUUUUCCAAAAACCCGUGUCCCCGCAGAAAUCCCUGCAAAUCUUCGUGUCAAAGAGUACCCUGAUUUCAUGGAAAAAUCCAACAAAACAACGUACGAAUCAUAUAACGUGAUUGGGAAACUCUUUCGUGAGGUCAAAGACAUCGCCCCACAAAACAGCCAGGUCAACCCGUUCACGCGUGACGUGGCGAGACAAACGUACGAUGUUGACUUGGAAGUCAGCGGGUUUGAGUACUAUGUUGAUGAAGCUUUUGAUUUUAAAACUGAGUAUGAUUACAAAUUGGGUAAUUUGAUGGAUUAUUAUGGGAUUAAAACCGAGGCUGAAUUGUUGAGUGGGAGUAUUAUGAAAAUGUCGAGGUCGUUUGAUGGGAGGAAUGGUUUGGCUGUGAAGUCUUUGAGAAAGGAAGCGAGGAAUUGGUUUUGGAAGGGUAGAGGCAAUGUGGAUGUUGGAGAUGAUGAUGUGUAUGCGAAAGCAUCUGCAUGGUAUCAUGUGACAUAUCAUCCGGAUUAUUGGGGUAAAUAUAAUGAGGAUAUGAAAACACGUGAUCAUUUUUUGAGUUUUCCUUGGUGUGUGCAUGAUAAGCUUAUUGAGAUUAAGAGAAGCAAGGGGAGGGUUAGAAGAAAUGUUGAUACUGAUUGGCUUCAACAGCAGUUUAGCACUGCUUUAAAUCUGAUAUGA